UAGGUCACCGCUUCAAUUAGAAAGGUUCACUCCUCAAGGUAAAAGAAUGACAAAGCCACUUCUGAUUAAACAUGCUCCUUCUCAAACAUCUUUUAUAUGAAUCUAUGAACAUUUUUCCAUACUAAAGAGGUUAUCUUUUUUAUGAAAUUAUAAGUAAUCUAGUUUGAAUAGAAAUGUUUAAAUUCUAGCCUGAGACCAGCUGUCUCUGUGCGGAUGUGGAGAUAUUUUUCUUGUCAAAAAAGCUCUUUUUAAUCAUCUUAAAUCUGUACAUACGGAUUUACAUUCUUUUUUCUGAUAUAAGCGUUCUUUGUUUAACCUAGUUGUGUGUUUUUUUAUAAGAUAGGAGAAAAAGGAGGAGUUUAGUAGAAGUAAUGAGGAAACAAGUGCCGGAGCAAACAGGGAGACAAAGAGAUGGAUGGAGGGAUUGAAGAUUGUUAUGGAGAGGAAUAGAAAGUCCUGAAUGCUGCUGCAGCAGGGUGUGCUGACGUGAGGAGUGUUCCCAAACACAGUUAGUAGCGACUGCAGACCAACUGCAUUACCAUACUCACACACACACACACACACCACUGACACGCUCCGCCUCAGGGAGAAAGCUGCUUGCAGGCAUUGCUGAAUAGAAUGAGGACAGACUCUCCUGUUCUGGUCCUGAAGAGGUCACUGUGUUCUCCACCAUCAAUUGUGUGUUUGUGUGUGGGGGGGAAACAGUCCGCAGGGGCAUCAGAUUAUAGCAAAAGUGUCUUCACUGAUAGUGCAAAUGUUUUUGGGCAUGUCCUACAGGUGUUUUUUUUUUCUUUUUCUUUUUUUUUUCACUAAAAUGUUGUGCACCCCCUGAGUGUUUCCUCACCUCCUUUACCCCCCAUUCUUCCCAGCCUGCGCUCACUAUAGGUGCAUAUCAUUGGAUCAGUGGCUGCUGCCUGCCACACUGUCCAAUCGCAUCUAGGAGGAGGAAGGAGAGAGAAAGAAAGGGAGGCAGGGAGAGGGAGAUGGGGGAGGAGAAAAGGAGAGGUAGAGAAGGGAGAUUGAUCAUUUAAACGUCCUGGGCCCUGCAUUUUCACGCAGAAACCCUUAGAUUCCGACUGCAUCUGUCAUCACCCCAUUUUUCUCUCUCCCCCCACCCUCCUCCUUAAUUUCCACAUUUCACUGCGUGCAGAGCCCUCGAGGGUAGUUUUUUUUCCCUCUUGUUCUUUCUUGUUUGGGGUUAUUUCCGCUAACGAGACGUGCCACCACCACAGCCACCCAGCAGGAGCAGCAGCAUCAGCAGCAGCAGAGGAGUAUCUCCCCCAUAUCCCAUCCCGGGCACGUCGGAUAAGCCGCAGCGCAGAGAACACGAGGCGAACAUUGCGGUGGAAUCGGGAAGAUGCUCACAGCGGCAGCAGUUUGGGAUUGUUCUGGGGGUGACCGGAAGGAGAAAGUGACAGAGGAGCAGUGAUGCUGCUGUUUACAUAACCAGAGACUCACAAACAUGCACGCAUGUGCACACACACACAUAUGUGCACAGGCAUGCACGCAGGCUCCUACUGCCAGUCCAGGACAAACACACUUACCUACACGGACAUGUACUCACAGUCAGUCUCGUAUUAGAGGGAGUCACUGACUGAGUCACCACACACUUACAGGCACAUUUUGACUGACUCACACAACACACACACACACGGGGAAAGGUUGCUUGCAAGAGACAGGAGUGUGUGUUGCAUGUGUUAUGGGCCAAUUUGAGCAGCAGCUGUGUGUGAGUGUCAUAUAUCUUUAAGGGGUCAGCGUAGCCAUAACCCCUCCAGUACCUUCCCCCCUCCCGUCUUUUUCCUCAUUUUCCUGCUAAGCACACCAUCAUGUCUGACCCAAGGACCUGCAGAAUUUGCCCCCUUGGAGUUUUAUCCCUCCUCCUGCCCAUCUGCCUCUCUUUUUCCCUCCACUCGACCCCUUCGUCAGCAGAGCAGACCGUGCCUGUCAUUUCCACGGCUCAGGGCCGUAUCCGUGGCAUCCUGACUCCCCUUCCCUCAGACCUUCUUGGGCCUGUCAUCCAGUAUCUGGGAGUACCGUAUGCCAGGCCUCCAACGGGUGACCGGCGCUUCCAGCCACCUGAACCUCCACUGCCGUGGCCGGGAAUCCGAAACGUCACGCAGUUUGCUCCAGUGUGUCCCCAGUCUCUGGAUGAGCGGAGCCUGCUGGUAGAUAUGAUGCCAUCUUGGUUCACGGCAAACCUGGACAUAGCAGCGACUUACCUCACUCACCAGAGCGAGGACUGUCUCUACCUCAACAUCUACGUGCCCACCGAGGAAGACAUCCAUGAGGAGGGGGGUCAGCGGCCAGUGAUGGUUUACGUCCACGGAGGCUCAUAUACUGAAGGCACUGGGAACAUGAUGGAUGGCAGCGUGCUCGCAAGCUACGGCAACGUCAUUGUCAUAACCCUCAACUACCGGCUGGGAGUGUUAGGAUUUCUUAGCACUGGUGACCAGACGGCAAAAGGGAAUUAUGGCUUGCUGGAUCAGAUCCAGGCUCUGCGAUGGGUGAAGGAGAACAUUGCAGCCUUUGGUGGAGAUCCAGGCAGAGUCACAGUGUUCGGAUCAGGGGCUGGAGCUAACUGUGUGAGCCUCCUCACCUUGUCCCACUACUCUGAAGAUCUGUUCCACAGAGCCAUCAUCCAGAGUGGGAGCGCCUUAGCAAGUUGGGCUGUCAACUAUCAGCCGAGCAAGUACGCUCGGAUACUUGGUGAAAGGGUGGGCUGCGGCAUCGAUGACAGCACUCAACUGGUCGCCUGCCUCCAGGGCCGGAGUUACCGCGAACUUGUGGAGCAGAACAUAAGUCCGCUCAAAUAUCACACAGCUUUUGCCCCCGUGAUUGAUGGCGAUGUUAUACCUGACGACCCCCAGAUCCUGAUGGAGCAGGGGGAGUUUCUGAACUACGACGUGAUGCUGGGGGUUAAUCAAGGCGAAGGGGUAGUGUUCGUGGAAGGCAUUGUGGACUCGGAGGACGGCGUCUCCGCCGGGGACUUUGACUUUGCUGUGUCGGAUUUUGUGGACAAUUUGUACGGAUACCCGGAAGGCCGAGAUACACUGAGAGAAAGCAUAAGGUUCAUGUACACUGACUGGGCCGAUCGUGACAAUGCCGAAACGCGCAGGAAAACACUGGUGGCGCUUUUCACAGACCACCAAUGGGUGGCGCCAGCGAUUGCCACGGCUGACCUUCAUGCUCAGUAUGGCUCUCCCACCUACUUUUACUCCUUUUACCAUCACUGCCAGAGUGACGCCACGCCACCGUGGGCUGACUCUGCCCAUGGUGAUGAGGUCCCGUAUGUAUUUGGUGUGCCCAUGGUGGGUCCCACUGAUCUCUUCAACUGUAACUUCUCCAAAAAUGAUGUGAUGCUGAGCGCAGUGGUUAUGACUUACUGGACUAACUUUGCCAAGACUGGUGAUCCAAAUCAGCCGGUUCCUCAAGACACCAAGUUCAUCCACACCAAGCCAAACCGUUUUGAAGAAGUGGCCUGGUCCAAAUACACUCCUAAAGAGCAGCUGUACCUCCACAUCGGCCUCAAACCUCGCGUCAGAGAUCACUACCGUGCCACCAAGAUCUCCUUCUGGCUCCAGCUCGUCCCUCACCUACACCACGUAAACGAGCUUCUACAGUCGGUGUCGUCCUUCACCCACAGUCCUUCCCCGCAGGAUGACACGCCGUAUUCUUACACCAAGCGCCUGUCCAAAGGCUGGCCGCCGAGCAGCACACGGCACCCAGGUCCCCAAGCGGGAACGCCACAGCCACCUGAGUCUGCUCUAGGCCAGAACGGAGUGGAAAAUGGCGCCCGCGUGCCGAAUGAGGACUAUUCCACAGAGCUGUCUGUGACAAUAGCAGUGGGAGCGUCACUUUUGUUCCUCAACAUACUCGCGUUUGCAGCUCUGCUCUAUAAGAAAGACAAAAGGCGCUUGGAGCAUCGUAGGCCACGCCCACUUCCUCCUCCCAGAAGAGACAUUACCCCAGCGGAUGUUGCAGCCCACCUUCAGGGGGAGAGACUGAUGUCAUUACAGGUGAAGCAGCUGGAGUGCGAUGCUGCAUCGGCGGAUGAGAGGAACAACGCUCACCACCAUCACACUCUGGAUACGCUCGACGCCCUGGAUGGUUUGGACACUCAAGACAUUUACAGCACGCUGGAUACCGUGCGCCUCACGUGCCCGCCUGAUUACACCCUCACCCUGCGCCGCUCCCCAGACGAUGUACCCCUCAUGACCUCCUUGACCCCGGGCUCUCUGCCUGUGACCCCAGGGUCCCACCCUGUUACCCCUGCAACCCCAAUGACCCCAAUGACACCAGGAUCAGUGGCAGGGAUGAGGAUGGGGCAUCCUCACCAGGGAUACACGCAUCAUAGCCCAUACAGCAAUACACACUUGCCACACACGCACAUCUCCACACACACACACUCCACCACGCGUGUAUAACCUCAACCGCAGCUCACACUGACGCACUCACACCUAUAGACACAGGCAUACACACACACACUGACAAACUGAAAUACCUCUACUAAUUACUGUGCAGGAUUGUUAACAGACGGGGCAGCGGACAUUUUUAAGUAACAGGAUGAAAUGACGGACAUCUGUGUGUUGCAUGUCCUGGGACUUUUAGACCAAUGGGAUCUGAGGAGAAGCGGAUCUUUAGAGCAUUCGCUCUUGAGUUUGGACAAAAAAAAGAGCCCACUUUGGAUUUAAAAUCUGCUUUUUCUACAUCUGAGGAGGAAGAGGAGUGCCAGUGACACUUUCCCUGCACAGGAGCUGCACCCUGCAGCCGAGCAGGAGGAACGGGGAAAAAAAAGCAGAUGGAGAACAGGAAAAAGACGAACCACACACAGACUGCUGAUGUCAACUUGAUCAACCUGUGAAAUGUGAAUGUAGCAUUUUUUUUCAUUAAAAAGAUCAAAGGCCCUAUCUGCCAAGGAUCAAACUAAGCUAAGGGGAUAAUAAUACAUUUCAGCAGGCGUUCGAUGUAAAAACAGACAGAGGGAAAGGUGGGGGAUAAAAAGACAACAUCAGCUGAAAGACAAGUUAGUCGGAGAGAGAUUAGGACUUCAUUGAGUGGGAUUUAGGCGCGGCGAGAGCGAGGAAAACGGAAGUGAGAUUGAGCGAUAUGAAAAACUCGGAAAGCGUGCCAAGAGAAAAGGCGGGCUCAGGGGAGGGAGGGAGGGGGGGCUUGCAGAUGUACUGAAGAAUCACUCUAACCAGCUAUGUGUUCAAACUCUUGUAAAUACAAUGGAAAGAUACAGAUGAUAUAUUAUGAUUUAUAGCAUACCUGCUCUCGCGUUAAAAACAUGACUUAUUUAACCACAUUAUUGCUUUCAUUUCAGAUAUUAAUAUAUUAUUGUAUAAAUGUCCUGAUGCAAGGCUGGUUAUCUUUCUAUCUCACCCACUGUAGUAUAUACACAGUACCUUUAUUUAAAGCUAUACUUGCUAUGCACAGUCAUUCCAGUCAUUUCCAACUAUGUGAGCAUUUAGGUACUUGUGUCGUAGCUAUGGUGUAGGACUUUUUUUCAUUCUACCCUGCUGUCCAUUUUUUGACCAUUUGGAUGAUGAGCUAGUACUGUGUAGAUAAUGCAAUAUUGGUUUGAUGAUUGAGCACCAGCCAAACUCAACAAACCCUUUCCCUCGAUCCUUCAUUUUUUAAAUCCCCAACAGUAUGGCCCUAAUUAAGACAAACAGGUGAUGGAAAGGAUUUAGAGGAUUCUGCGUUUUCUUUUAAUCAAAAUCUCUAUUUGUCUUAACUGGAUAAUAAACUGACAUCUGCUUCUUCAAAAAAAAAAAAAGAAAAAAAAAAGAAAAAAUUGGCAAAGAUGGAUUUUGGGUAAUAUUUCCUCACAAUGUUUGCCAUCCUGUGUAAAAUGUGUCUCUGUGUCUCCUAUAAUUUGAAGUUUGAUUUGCUUUCUUCAACUGUAGUUUGGAGCCAUAUUUGAUUCACAAAGUGAUCCAUGAGUGAAGAGGAGAAGAACCGGUCAGCUUUGUUCGAUGAAGCUAACAGACUCCACAUAGAAGGUUAAGAUGGCUCCAAACAUGCUGCUUUUUAAGCCUUAAUAUCCUUGUAAACUAGCAAUAUUUUUUUUCUUUCUGUUUUAAUUUUCUUAUAUGACAGACUUUAAAAACCCAAACAUCAUGAAUUUUUCUAACUUAUAUAGUAACUGGCAGAAGUUUUCGCGUUGACUUCACUGUGAGUGCUCCAGGGCUAUUGUUAUAUGCUUAGUGACAUUGAAUAUUGACUAUUUAUGAAUUUAGUUGAUGGAAUUAUCUCUAAUCAGUCAAAUAUUGAAGAUUUGAAAAGAAUUAAAGCAGUAAAACUGUUGUUCCUUUGCUACAGCGAGCUAAACAACCACAGAUCCAGGAAGUCAACCAAAGCUCCCAGCAUUGAUAUUCCAGAAUUCCCCUUUCAUCCCUUUUCCUUGUUCUUUUACUUACCUUAAUCCGCCCUCCCCCACAAUCUCCUUUUAAUCCUCCCCACCUCCUGGCUUCUCUGUGUGACAACAUGCAGAUGUGUGACAGUUAAGCCAGUUAACCUCCUUUAUCCUCAAUAAUUUCUAUAUGAAAGAUUUUUUUUAGUUAACGUAUUAUGUGAAAAGUCAAAAGUAUGCGGCUGAGAAACAAAGGACGUUUGCAAAAAUGAUAUAAAAAAAUACUCAAGUGAUGUUUGACUGAGUUCUUCUUUUCUUAUGGAUAUACAGACUCAGCAGAUGGAUGGAUUGUGAAAAGCAUAAAAUAUUUCUGCUGCAUUUUUGAAAAAUAAAAAUACCAGUAUUUUACAGUUUUUAAGCAU